AUGUCCCACCUCGAGCGAUCCCUCAGAUCAACGAGUCUUGCAGAGACACUAUCGACUUAUGACGAAUGGGCAAAGAAUUACAACCAAGAUGUUGAAAAAGAAGAGUAUGUCGCACCAAAGGUGGCUGCUGAGAAACUGGUCAAUCAUCUGCACCCUAGAAAUAUUUCAGAAGUAAAGAUUCUCGAUGCAGGAUGUGGAACAGGCCUUGUCGGCGAAGCCUUGCUCAACCUCGGUGCAAAGCACAUCGAUGGCAUCGACCUUAGCCCUGGUAUGCUUGAAGUCGCCGAGAGAACAGGCGUCUACGAGUCUCUCAGUAUCGCGAAUCUGGCUGAACAGCUCGAGAUUGCAGCAGACAGUUACGACGCCGUUAUCUGCGUUGGGACCAUGACAGAAGGCCAUGUUGGACCAGAGGCUUUCGAUGAGUUUGUCAGAAUUACAAAGCCUGGUGGAAUAAUCGUGUCUACUAUCAGAGAGUCUGUGUGGAAACCGAAAGGCUAUGAGAAAAAGGUAGAUGGUCUCAUCCAAGACCGGAAGGUCAAACUUGUCAGCAAUCUGAAGGAGUAUCAGAGGAUUGGAGCAGGGGUCUAUGCUUACUUUGUUAUCCUUCAGGUUAUUUAG